AUGAACAUCGGCGAGCAACAAGAAAUCGACCCGGACGGUCCUCACAAUUUCGCCCAGGAUGGGCGCAGAUACAGGAUCACCCCCAUCCAGCAUCCAACGGAUGGGGCAGCUUUUGAGAGGCAACCGUUGUCGCGUAUUGCGUUGACGCCCCCGUUAAUUCUGCAACUCGACACCUGGGACAGAGACAAUAGACUGAUUAUCCCAUCAGACUCGUUGUCGUCGAUGGUGUGUACGAUCACGCUCCAGGCUGUCGACGGGGAGGACCGGUCCCGCGUUCGGGUGCCAGAUUCAAAUAUCAUCACCAAUACACUCGUAGGCUCGACAAUCUCGACUCCGUACGAGAUGGAGUCUCAAACAGGCCAUCCAGGCGUCUAUUUGGUGUUUCCAGACAUUGGAGUGGCAUACCCUGGCACAUUUCGUUUAAAAUGUGUGCUGAUGCCUCUGAAUGGUGGCGAGUACCUUGACUUUUGCGUGACGAACCACUUUACCGUCUACCUCCGCGAGCAGUUCACGGCCCCUGCCCAAGCGACUACCGAAAUGACACGCCACUUUGCCGAACAAGGAGUCGUUCCAAACCUCGAAAUGGGGACUCUCCUCGAGUUCUGGCCAGAAGGGUAG